GCGGGGGCAGGGGCGGCCGGAGGCGGCGGGCUCUCGAGGGCGAGGAGGGACCAGCAGCGCGGCGGGCUGCGGAGGCGGGAGUCGCCCUGCGCUGCUGAGCUGAGAAUGGUUGCCUGGGGAAAACAGCACUGCUGUGUUGGCAGAAUACAGGACAUUUUCUUGAGAUUCAGGCUUGUUCUAGCAGUCCUUUUACUUCAUUUGUUCCUGGCUACAGCAGGCAAAGAUCAGGAGGAUUUUCUAGGACAGUAUAAAGCUGUCUUUAAGACUGCAUGCGAAGAUCCUUGGAUUAUGUCAGCAAGAGUUUCUCUGCGUCCCUUGAAAGAAUUCAUUGUUUGUGUGCACCUCAAGCUCUAUUCCUCACAUAGUCCCUGGACAGCAUAUGUAUACAAUCAAGAAACUCUUCACACCAACCUCUCUGCAAAUAAGUAUGAUCUUGGACUUACAGGAGAUCAUGGUAAAUUGAGGAUAUGGUUAUUUGGAAAACAAAUAAAUGCAGCAGCAAGACUUCAUGAAAACACUUGGAACCAAAUAUGUAUCCUGUGGAAAAGUGAAGAUGGGGAGAUGAAGGUAUUCGUAAAUGGAAAAAAAAAAGUAAACAGAAAACUAACCGGGAAAAUUAAUUUUCCUGGAAAAGGGAAGUUCUUACUUGGCUGUUCAAAGCUGCCAGGUACAGCUAUGUCACCUCACCUGGGUAUGACCGGGGAGCUGUACAUGUUCAGGAUGUGGGAUAAAGCAAAUAUAAAGCAGUCUUUGGACUGUGAAGAUAGUGGUGUUAUACGCUGGAGAAAGGAGGAUUGGGUCUAUAAUAAGACAGUAGAAGAAGAUAACUCUUUGCCAUGUGUUGAAACUACUGCUACAUUGCCUGGCAGAAGAUGGAUAACAGAUGCAAGUUCAGAAGAAUCGGCUGCAACAGUCAUUUCUGAUAUGACUUCAGAGGAGACUACGCAAACUACAGAAGCUCUUAACAUCACUGGUUAUUACUCCACCAUAACACCAGAAGCUAUAGCGGGAGAAACUAUUUUGUGCAACAUAACACCUGUCUGUAAUUUUUCAGUGUUCUAUGUGGGCAAGGUAAAACUUCAGGCAAGCGAAGAAGGUAACACAUCACUAAAUGUAGAAAUAAUUAAUAACAUAACCACCAACAAUCAAGUUACGAAAGUAAUUGCAAUUCCAGCACCUACCCCACAAGAGCUGAGAAUUGCAGAGUUCAACAAAACCUUGCAAGCAAUAAGUGAGUCCUCUGUUAUGGAAUGCAGUGCAGAAAACCAGAGUCUACACUGCAGUUUUAUAAUGAAGUUGGCUGAGAGAGAGAACAUAAGCAGUUUAAAAGACAAAGCAGAAAUAAGCCAACUUGAACGGUGCUGUUGUUCAUCACUGAAGUAUUGUUCCUUGACUGCUGAAGAAUUACACACAUAUACUAUACAAAUGCCACCUGAUUCUAUACGGGUUCAUUUGCCUCGUUCUUCUCUCCCUAAAAAGAUUUCCCCCAAAUCUAAUACUCUUUUUUCCCCUACAAUGAUUUCUACCAAACAAAGCCCCAUAAUUAGACCACUGAUCCCACCAUUCACGGAGAUUUCUUUUUCUGAAACUCUCUCCACAUCUCCCACUACAGAUGCUCUCUCUGAAACUUCUGCUGCAUCUACUGCUGAAACUUCUGAGUUUUCCACCAGUGUUACCACUACACUUCCCUCUUCUGAGUCUCUUGCAGAACCUACUGUGCCAACUUUUCCUUCCAUAGCUUCUUAUAAAUCUGUUGCUAUUUCCACACCUGCAACAAAAUCUUUCACUAAUGCUGCUUUCUCAGUUAAAUCUGAGGCUGCAUAUCUUAGCAAGCCUAUUACAAUUUCUCCUUCUGUAGGUUUCACUAAACAUUCUGCAGUUUCCUCUUCAGAGCUUCCCCCCAAACCUUCAACAGCAAUUCCUCACUUUGAGGCUACCACCAAAUCUGUUGCACAAAUUCAUCCUGCUACAGAUUCGACCCAACGUGGUCCUGCUAACAAAAAUGUUACUACAGCACCCAUUCUUCCCCUUACUCCAUUCACAAUAACUUUGACCCCUACUAUUAGUCCUAUCAACCAUUCUGUCUCAGCUUCUCAUCCUCAUUCUACUGCUGAUGGCCAUGGUAGCCUGCCUAAUGGAAGCACAGGAAAGAUACUAUCAGCAACCGCAUACACAACUUCUGUAUAUACCACCAUUACUGUCACCACAGCUGAGCAAAUUGUGUCCAAAAUAGAAAAUGAUUUAGCAGCUGGAAAAGUAGAGCCAAAAGAUGUAGAAAGGAUGGUUAGUCAGGUUAGCAAAGUCCUAACUGCUUCUCAACCAUUACCACCCCAAAUUUCUAACAGAAUUAUAAAACUUGUGGAUUAUAUUGGCCUAAAACUAAACUUUUCAGCAAUGUCUGCUGAUUUUGCAUCCCCUUCCUUGGCUCUGGCAGUUGUCAAAACCAACAGCAUCCGCUCCAACCAAAUGUCUUUUGCUGUCCAGGAAGCAACUGAUCUCCAGAUCUCUCUAGGCAUUAGUACGAUUCAUGAUUUAAAUAAUCUCGGAUCAAUUACACUUCCUUCAUCAUUGCUGACAAAUUUACCCCCUGAAGAGGUGGACUUAGCUUCUAGAAUUAUAUUCAACUUCUUUAAAAAGACCACCGUGUUCCAGGAUCUGUCCUUGAAGAAUGCAUGUUUAAUCAGCAAUGUUAUAUCAUCAAGUGUUGCUAACCUCACAAUUAGUAACUUAAAGGCAAACAUUACUGUCACUUUACAGAAUAUCAAACCUAAUCAGGAUAACUCAACAGUUAGAUGUGCUUUUUGGGAUUUUAAUAAAAAUGGUGGACAUGGAGGCUGGUCAUACGAAGGUUGCAUAGUUAAAGAAAGUAGAGUAAAUGAAACGGUCUGUUCAUGCAACCACCUCACGAGCUUUGCAGUUUUGAUGAACUUGUAUGGAAAUGCUCCUUUGAGUCCCACACAAGAAUUGGUACUGACUUUUAUAUCCUAUAUAGGAUGUGGCCUCUCUGCAAUAUUUCUUUCUAUUACUCUUGUGACCUACAUAGCCUUUGAGAAAAUCCGGAGAGACUACCCCUCCAAAAUCCUUAUUCAGCUGUGUGCUGCAUUACUUCUACUCAACUUAAUUUUCCUCCUUGACUCAUGGAUUGCACUGUAUGAUACACAAGGCCUGUGCAUUGCAGUUGCAGUAUUUCUUCACUAUUUCCUCUUGGUUUCAUUCACCUGGAUGGGCCUGGAAGCUUUCCACAUGUAUCUAGCCCUUGUGAAAGUCUUUAAUACCUAUGUGCGGAAAUACAUUCUUAAAUUUUGCAUUGUUGGUUGGGGGUUACCAGCAGUAGUUGUGUCCAUUGUGUUGGCAAUAUCACCAGAUAAUUAUGGACUUAUAACCACUGGAAAGGUUUCAAUAAACAGACCUGAUGAAUUCUGCUGGAUAAAAAACAGAAUUGUCUUUUAUAUUACUGCUGUGGGAUACUUUUGCCUGAUAUUCCUGAUCAAUAUCAGCAUGUUCAUUGUUGUGCUGAUCCAGCUCUGUCGUAUCAAAAAGAAAAAACAACUUGGUGCUCAAAGAAAAACCAGCAUUCAAGACCUUAGGAGUGUUGCUGGCCUCACAUUCUUGUUGGGAAUUACUUGGGGAUUUGCUUUCUUCACAGUAAAUGAGGUAUUUACUUACCUCUUUACUAUUUUCAACACUUUGCAAGGGUUCUUCAUUUUUAUCUUCUAUUGUGUAACAAAGGAGAAUGUCCGUAAACAGUGGAGAAGAUAUCUCUGUUGUGGGAAGUUCAGACUGGCUGAAAACUCUGACUGGAGUAGAACUGCUACUAAUGGUUUAAAGAAGCAGACUGUAAAUCAAGGAGUAUCCAGUUCUUCCAAUUCCUUACAGUCAAACAGUAACUCCACUAACUCUACAACACUGCUAAUGAAUAAUGAUUACUCAGUGCAUGCAAAUGGAAAUGGUCUGCAUGUUCGGGGACCUACCAUCAGGUAUCACAUGGCUGAACCUGCAGAUUUCAUAACUGAGGAACAGAACCCACCUUUCUGAAUUUGUUCACAGAAUAGCCUUAUUUUCUUCUCAGAUUUUACCCUAGCAUUAGGGCACAGCUAUUUUGAACACUCCUUCUAAAAUAUGAAACAGUUGUAGUCAGGCGGGGUUUAAACAGCUAUAUAUACACAGUUACAGUGUCAGCAAGUAUGGUUAUUUUCUGUCAUUUCAGUCUUUAUCUGAUUUGAAUUAGCAAAGCUCUUCUGCUCGUCUUGCCCUGUUUACAUUUGUGCCUAAGUGCUUGGUGGACUUUUAAAUUAAUAGUUAAAUAUUAGAUUUUGUACUUAAGAGGGUUUGCAUAAUCUGUUGGGCCAUUGCUGCCAUUUUGUGGGUCCAAUGGCAGCUCAGAAGUUGUGCAUGUAAUUUGUGAUCUUUGUUUGGCAGCCAUCACCACAAGCCCACUUUCUUAAACUCCCAUCUGGAGAUGUCAAAUUUAUAUGCAUUACAUUUUCAAACUGGUAGUAAGCUUUAUCAGCUAGAAAUACAUGUUCACAUUUUAUUUAAAAAAUGCCAUCUCUCAUUCCAAAGACAAGUUUGCCAAUGAGACUUCGAUGCAGCUGAUAAUGCUGACAUCUGCUUGAAUCAGUAGGAUAACUGCUGGAAGGUAUGCAGUCUGUCUAAAGUGAAGGAUUAUUUUCUGGAGGAAAUGUUUGGGUAAACUGAUACUAAACCUGUGUGCUUGGGGGAUCUGGCCCAAGCGGAAUAGAGGAGCAGUCCAGCCCAGGCACUCAAGCAGUAGAAUCCUUUCUGUGGGAAGGAUUAAGUGCAGGGGAGGGAUGUCACCAAAGAGUUCCCCAUCUGGUGACCCCAACAAGAAAUAGUUGAAGAGCAUCCUGUAAUGUGGCCCUGCUGCUUCUGGAAGAGUUCAGGAGCUUGAGGUAGUGAGAGAGUGAAAGGGGAGGCAGAGCCAAAGCAGAAUUCCGCUCCAGUAUAUUUGAGGUAUUCUGUGUCUGAUUACAACUGUACUACUAGAGAGGAUCAGAUUUUGAUCCCUGUAACAGAAUCAUCUUUCACUGCCUAGAGGUUUCUCACUAGUGUUUUUCCUUCUCCUCCUAAACCAUAAACCACAAACCGUUUCUACCUUCACUGUUGUGUCUUUUCAGUAGAUUUACUGAAAUCUCCCAAAUCAUGAUGAUGCUUGUGUAUGAAUUGUUGUGAAUAUUAACACAAAUAGCAAACUUGGGUGCUUUAUGGUUUUUAUUAAUUCUUUGUCUGGUAUAAAUGGUAAAUGACAGCUCUGCAUCUUAGUUUGUGAACUCACUUCUCAGUGUUUAACAAAAUUAUCCCUCCCAAAAGAAAUACUAGCUCUGGUUUUGGUUUCUCCAUUGCGCUAUUCCUUAUAGUUUAUUCCUACUGAUAGUGAUGCAUAUGAUACCAGGGUCCUGGCAGUUUUCUUAAACUUGACUGCUUUGCAAAAAAAACCCUGACCCCAACAAAUCAACCAACCAAACAAAAAAAACCCCAACAAAAAUCAAACUGAAAUCCAACCAGAAGCAUUUGCACAAAUACUUACAAUAAAAAAAAAUUAAAUUCUGAUUCUCAUCAGAAUUAUAUAGAACGUGAUGCAUAGAGGUAGGAGAUUCUAUCCGGUGAACUAAGCAUUUGUGGAGCAUUUCAUUAAUAGGCUUCAGUCAGCAGUGGUGUCACACGUGUUCAUUGUAGAUUAACCUAAAGGUGUAAGAAUCUGUCUUAAUAUAUCCUAGACCCAUGAUUGGACCUAGGCCGUAUUCUAGUUGUCCUCCAGAAAUAAAUCUUGCAAGUUGAGUGCCUUUCAAAGGAAAAAAAAAAUCCUUAUUUUCUCAAACACUUUUGUUGCAGAUGCAUAGCAAACCUGAGAGACCUUUUAAACUUAACUUGUUAAAGCAAAACUAGAAUGAAAAGUGUUUUGCAUCUUACCUAGUUAUAUUUAUACCAAGUCGAAGUCUACAUCCUGAGAAUUGUGACCUUCACUGCUUAAAAUAUGGAAUCCUAUUGUGCAAAAAUUUAUUAACAUCUCUCAGAUCUCUUACUGAUUUUGCACAGGAGAAGAAAUACAUAUGCAGUAUGUACAGAAAAGCCCACAUUUUGAGAUUGUUGCAGGAAUAAUACAAGAGUGCAUGAACACCCUACAGUGACUGAAAAAGCAUGGGAGACUUGAUUCUGAACCUUUCUGAUAGGAGAUGCUCUUUUUUUUUGUUUCAACAGGCCAUCUUCCCAGUGAGAAGAACAGUGUUUCUUUCAUUGUACAGAAUGGUGAUGUGUGUCUCCGUGACUUUUCAGGCAAACAACUUGUAUUUCAAGAAAAGGAUGAUACAGGCAGCCAAAAAAGCCAUAUC